UAGCAAUGCCAAUCGGAUGAUCUACAACUUGAUUAAUAUUUUUCAGAUAUCCAAGUCCACAUAUGUGUGCUCAAAGCAUUUUAAGGAAGAUGAUAUUGUUAAAACAUUGACAGGACUAAGAAAAUUGAAGAAAGGCACAGUGCCAAGUAUAUUUCCAUGGAACAAGAUUGCACCAAGCCGUAAACCACCCAAGAAGAGAGAAGGACCUCCUCAAGAAGAAACAUCAGUUAUUAAGAAGAAGAAAACAUCAUCGUCGAUCUCGUUAGACACAGACCAACAUUCAUCAACUGCAUCAUGUGCCAUUUACACACCAACAGAUAUGCCAUCUGAAGAGCAUGACUAUUGUCGCCAAGCACCAUCUCUUGAAGAAGAUCUUGAGGCAAUGAAGAUACACAUUUCUGAACUAGAAGAAAGGGUACAUCACCUUGAGAAGAAAGUAGAGAAGUUUGGGAUUGAGAGAUUUUCUAAAGAUCCAAAUUUGAUAAAUUUUUACACUGGUUUUUCUACUUACGAUAUUUUUUGUGCUGUUUAUAAUGUUGUUGAGCCAACAGCCUCAAAUAUGAUCAGGUGGUCACAAGUUCAGAGAAAUAGAAACAUUGUUUGUAAUCCUUUUAGAGAAGAGUCUUUGUCAAUUGUAGAUCAAUUUUUUAUGUUUUUAUGUAGAAUUAGACAAGGUUUUUUUGAAGAAGAUUUAGCACAACGUUUUUGUGUGUCUCAAAGCACUGUUAGUCGUAUUAUUAUUACUUGGAGCAAUUACUUGUAUUGUGUUUUGGGAUGUUUACCCAUAUGGCCAGAUUUAGAUAUUGUUAAACAGAAUAUGCCUGAAUGCUUUAAGACUACUUUUCCCAAUACACGAGUUAUUUUGGAUUGUACAGAAAUACGUGUGCAGACUCCAAGUGCCAAAGUACUUAACUCUCAGUCAUAUUCAAAUUACAAGUCUCAUACUACCUUUAAAGGCUUGAUUGGUAUAACCCCUCAUGGUGCUGUAUGUUUUGUUAGCAGAUUAUUUACUGGCAAUAUUUCUGAUAAAGAUGUUACACAAAGAAGUGGUAUACUUGAUCUAUUAGAACAAGGUGAUGAUGUGAUGGUCGACAAAGGUUUUUUAAUCCAAGAUUUACUUGACAGUGUUGGUGCACACUUGAUUAUUCCACCUUUUUUAGGAAGUAAAGUAAAAUUUAGUAAAGAUGAAGUUAGUAAAACUCAGCAAAUAGCUAGACUUAGAAUUCAUGUAGAAAGAGCUAUCAGAAGGUGUAAAGAGUACCAUAGUUUUGAUAAUGUUCUGCCGUUGUCUGUUGCUGGGACUGUAAACCAGAUUUGUGAUUCACUGAUUGUACCAGUAUAA